AUGAAAUCACCCAGCUCUCGCUAUCCGGCUAUGGGCGAUUCCAAUGUGUACACCGCGGAUCAUCUGAUCCCACUCUAUUCCGGAUUGUACGCUUUGCAGUUCACCUUACACGGUGGAAAACUGGCCCAUAGUGGUGCCGUGGCCACACACUUUCACGAAUUGCUUCGUCGAGGUCCACACACCCAUCCGAUCUCCCACGGACGACCGGUCGAGGUUCGGAAUCGUUCAGAACCGGACGGAUCAACGGUGACAGAUCCGAAUACCGGUCUUCUACUUGUCUGGGUUCACAUGUCGGACGGGACCAGUAUUCUGUGGAAUCGAUUGAAAGAGGUGAGUCACGUUGAGUUCGAGGUGAUCUCACAGCGUAUCUAA